CUACUUUUGUAAGUUGCGAAUAUACAAUCAGUGUAACUUCAUUUUUGCGAUUCUUCCUAUUUCAACAAUAAAACCAAAUGAAACAAACUUACAUUUUACAAAAAAAAGAUACCUAAAUUAACAAACAACUGGUAAAGUGCUAAAAUAAUUGUUAACUACGUUUAAGAUUAGAAAAUGUCGAAUAUGAAAGCUACAUAUUUGGUCGUCGGUGGUGGUAUUGCAGGAGUAACUUGUGUGGAAACUUUAUCCAUUUUGCAUCCAGAGGAAAAGCUUGUGAUAAUAACUGCUUCUUCAUUAGUAAAGAAUGUAAGCAAUGUUAGUUUUUAUGCAAAAACCAUUGUGAAAUUUGAUGUUAAAGAUACAGAAGCUAGUUCAUUGCUAAAAAUACAUCCAAAUCUUGAAAUUAUCUAUGACUCUUUAAAAUAUUUGGAUACAAAAAAUAAAACAGCCACCACUGAAGAAGGUGUUGUCAUUCAGUAUGAGGUAAUUUGCAUUUGUACUGGAGGGAUUCCAAAGCUUAUUUCAGACUCAAAUAAAUGUAAAAGAAUUCUGGGUAUUAGAGAUACAGAAUCGGUCAAAGAGUUUCAAAAGAAAUUAAAGAAUGGUCGUAAAAUGAUCAUUGUUGGUAAUGGAGGUAUUGCAUCAGAAAUAGUUCAUGCUACUAGAAGCAUACAGAAAGUAUGGGUAGUGAGAGAUGAUUACAUAUCUGCAACAUUUGUUGAUCCAGGAGCUGCAGAAUUCUUUCAAGAAACAUUUAGAAAUAAUUCAAAAAAGAAAACUGACAACACAGUAUUAAGAAGACAUGUUUUUACUGAAGAAGACACUGUUGUAUCCAUUAACAAAAAUUUAAAAUCUGCAGCCUUGGGUCCAGAUUGGUACCGUAAGCUAGAAAAUAAUAAAAAUGAAAGUGGUGAUCAAGAACUUGAAAUCAUAUACAAGGUUGAAAUUGAAUCAGUUGUAGAGACAGAAAACAAAGAAUAUGCUUUAGUUGUAACUCUAACAAAUGGUAGGACUAUAGAGUGUGAUUUUGUGAUAUCAGCCACUGGAGUUGAGCCGGCAGUUAAUUUUGCCUGGGAUCAAUUACCUAAUAGAGGGCCAGAUGGUGGGUUAGCCGUAAAUGAACUUCAGGAAACUUCAAUAAAAGAUGUUUUUGCAGCUGGUGAUGUAGCUUGUGCUGCCUGGGAGCAUGCUGCUCACUGGUUUCAAUUACGGCUGUGGACGCAAGCACGUCAGAUGGCAGGAAUGGCAGCUAAAGCAAUGCAUGCUAGGAUAACAAAUGAAGAAGUAUUACAAGAUUUUUGUUUUGAAUUGUUUACACACUGCACUAGCCUUUUUGGAUACAGAGUUGUAUUGUUGGGAAAAUAUAAUGGUCAAGGGUUAGGUACAGAUUAUGAGAUUCUUUUACGGACCACUCCUAAUCAUGAAUAUAUAAAGUUUGUACUGCAAAAUGGAAGGUUACAAGGAGCAAUUUUAAUAGGAGAAACAGAUUUGGAAGAAAUGUGUGAAAACUUGAUCCUUGAUCAAAUAGACCUGACACCAUUUGGAGAUGACAUACUUAAUCCUGAUAUAGAUAUUGAUGAUUAUUUUGAUUAAAAUAUUUGUGUUAAUUAC